CAGCAGCACCAACAACAGCCACAGCUACAACUGCAGCGACUACGACAGCAGCCCCAACAACUUUAGCAACGAUGACAGCAGCACCAACAACAGGAGCACCUAUAACUGCAGUGAUUACAACAUUGGGAGCAACAACCUCAUUAACCACUUCGGCAACUACAACAGCCGCAACUACAACUGCAGUGACAAAAACUGCAACACCUACAACUAUAGCUUUACCAACAGUCACCACACCUAAAACUUUAGAAGUCACAACAAGAUUUGUGACUUUCAGAUCACUUCAAUCCAUUUUUUCUUCUGAUUUGUUGAUUCCAACAUCUCAAGCUUUUUUAAAGCGCUCUAAAAUGAUCAUGGAAGAGCUUCAUCCCAUGUUCUUAAGGAUAUUCUUUUCAUACAAGUCCAUGAGAGUGGUGUCAUUCAGGCAAGGAUCAGUCGUCAACGACAUUGAGCUUUCCUUCAAUAUGACAUCUGUUCCUCAAAACGUUGACAUUAAAGCACUGUUGAUUGAAGCAUCUUCAAACGUUACUGGGUUCGACAUUGAAACCGCCUCAAUCAUUGUGAACACAACAUCACCUACAGCACCCGCAACUACGGCUGCAGCACCAACAACAGCUGCUGCUAUAACUAAACCACCUACAGUGGUAGGUGUAACUGCAACAACAACAACAACAGCUGCUCCUAUAACUAAAGCGCCUACAGUGGUAGUUGUAACUGCAACAACAACAACAACAGCUGCUCCUAUAACUAAAGCGCCUACAGUGGUAGGUGUAACUGCAACAACAACAACAACAACAACAACAGCUGCUGCUAUAACUAAACCACCUACAGUGGUAGUUGUAACUGCAACAACAACAACAGCAGCUGCUCCUAUAACUAAAGCGCCUACAGUGGUAGGUGUAACUGCAACAACAACAACAACAACAGCUGCUCCUAUAACUAAAACGCCUACAGUGGUAGGUGUAACUGCAACAACAACAACAACAACAGCUGCUCCUAUAACUAAACCACCUACAGUGGUAGGUGUAACUGCAACAACAACAACAACAGCUGCUCCUAUAACUAAAGCGCCUACAGUGGUAGGUGUAACUGCAACAACAACAACAACAGCUGCUCCUAUAACUAAAGCGCCUACAGUGGUAGGUGUAACUGCAACAACAACAACAACAACAGCUGCUCCUACAACUAAAGCACCUACAGUAGUAUCUGUCACUGCAACAACAACAGCUGCUCCUACAACUAAAGCACCUACAGUGGUAGCCGUAACUGCAACAACAACAGCUGCAUCAUCAGCAGGUCCAAGUGGAGUAAGCUGGAAGAUCAGUCUCACCACCGCAUCCUGCCUGUUAGUGUUGCCCUGGCUAAUGUAAACCCAACAAUCAUCCGUGCUGAUUUCCAUUUGAAUUUACACAAAAAAUGAAUCCCAAUUCUGGAAAAUAUUUUAUUUUCCAGUAAAAGCUUUUUGUACAGCUUUGGAUUUAAUAUAAAAAUUAAGUAUUUGCAAUCAGUGGGAACAUUGAUAACAGGUAUGAUAUUAAGUGUGUCGGUAUCACUAAACCUUUUUCAGUGUGUCUGAUUAAAUGAUAGCGAUGAAUGAUGCCAACUUUAAUCAUGUCCAUUCAAUCAUCACAAUACUAAUAAGAUAAACAUCAAAACCAUAAACCCUCGUAUAUAUGAUUAUUGUACAAUUAAUGUCAAAAGGACUUUUGGUUCUACAAGCCCUGAGUUUAAUAUAAUUUGAUACACUAAUGCUAUCUUAUUUGGGCUAUAUAAGUAAAACUAGCCACAUCAGAAAGUAAAACCAACAAAUUCCUUUCACCAUUGUUUGAGUGAAAUUAUAUAUCUAAGGUAAUGCUAUACUUGUGUCAAAAUAAUGUAGUUUCAAUUUAUUGGGCAAGUGUACAUUCAUGAAAAAGCUUCAAUAAUCUUUAACAAAUUUAUUUUAAACCUGUUCAUCGAUUAAUCCAUUUUGUGUCGCUUAUGCAGGUAACGUUUAUUUAUUAAACCAAGAAGUGUUGCAUUAAAAAAGUUGGGAAAAGUGUUACAUUGAAUAUGUUGAACCCAGUAAGAACUAUGAACAGCUGCAGUUUACUUUAUUUUCUUUAUUACAAAAACAUGGUACAAUAAGUCAUUGCUAAGUUCAUUUUACUGACCAAAUGAAAUGUAGUCAGAACAGAUUUCUUACUUCACAUUUCAUCUAAAAUGAUGGCACCAAGUGAUAGUUUUAGUAUCCAAAGGUAAUAGAACCCUUUGUAGCCUCUUUUUUGGCCUCUACUCCAAAAAUGGCACAUCCAUGAUAAAAAGUUUAAUAACUCUGGAAGGACUUUAUCUAUUUGUACAAUGUAUGUUUGCGGGAAAAACGGGGAACCCCUGUAAGUGCUGUAAUGUGUAACAAUCAGUUUAUAUGUUACUGUUGAAAAUAUAUAUCAAUAUUUUGGUUCUGGUUAUUAAUAUUUAUUUAAUUAUUUACUUUAAAUAAACACAGGUGGAAGUCGAAUGUGUUUCCUGUGACUAUUUCACAGACAACCGUGGGACUAUCUAAUUCCUUUUUUUAAUUGUUCAUUGGAAUGAAUAUGUGUUUUAGGCAAUGUUUUUGCAUUUGUUUUAUUUGUCAGACCUAAAAUUACAGCCUGGUAAUGAAAGACCUUCUUCGCCCUAUUGUUAUUAUCAAAGAAUGGAGCAAGAACACAUCAUAAUAUAGGUAUUUUGUAAUAUAACCACUGUAACAUUUAGUUACUAUUUUGCUUGUUUUGGUGUAUAGCAUGAAUUACUUUACAGAGUUUACGACAGCGUAAUAUUGAAACAGUGGGUAGACUUGUCUGCAUUCAAACACUUUAGGUUGUAUCAGAAGAAUUACUGAUACUGGUAUCCAUAUCUAACAUUGAAAACACUGUAUUUUCCGGUGACUGAGGUUGAAAAAAAAACCACAGGUAGAUAUUAACAGUUUAUCAAAGAGUUAUCAGAAGAAUAUUAAGAAAGACUAUCAAGAUGUUUUUCUUUUGAUAUUUUAUGUUUUUAUCAAAGUUGGCCAUCUUCCCACUCCAUUACAACAAACUGAAGAUCUAUGUUCAUUUGUUUGUCAUUCCAAAGGGACGUCUUUUGACAUUAACAUGAUGGAAAUGGAAAAAAAUGCAGAACAGAAGUAGGUUUGGAGUGUGCAUUUAUGAGCCAAGAAACUGACUUUCAAUUCAACAUUCUUCAUUUGUCAGGUGGAUGGUUUGUAGUAGAAUUAAAAGACAAUGAAAUCGUAAAAAAACAUCAGCAGUAGAUAGAAAGGGAAAAUGUGUUACUUUUCCUCAUAUCUUUUCAUUUGAAGUAAGUACAUGCAUUGAUAUGUAAAGGGAUAGUUCCUUGUCUAUUUUUAAGAAGCAGCAUUACAGUUAAAAUCAUAAAUAAGAGUAAUUUAUUCAAUAUAUUUUUUCAGUUUGUUGAUAAUUGGAUGAGAAGGAAGCUUAAUCCUUUACUGUUGAAUUUCAUUAAGCGCCAUCAGACUUGAACCAAUCACUGUAAGUUAGCUUCUUACCGCUAUCUAAAGCCUCAUACGAAUAGUCCAGAAAAAUUAAGUACUGAAAAAUUAUGAUAUAGCAACAAUUACACUGUACUCUUCCUACAUUGUAACUCAAUAUUUUGGCUAAUAUGUUCAAUAAAUCAUGUCAUUAAAGUA